AUGGUGGCUGCUGUCACCGCCGGAGCUGAGAUGACGACCCUUGAGGCUUUGACCCGGUGGCUUGAAGGCAAUCUUCCAAUGCUGCCGAGGGCUGUCGCGGCGAGUUUGGGGCACACUUUGGCGGGCUGUGCAGCCCUGCCGCCCAUUCCUACGCUGGAGAGCCGUGUCGCGUCUGCGGGCCUGCACCUGUUGCUGCGGGGUUCCGAUGCUCGACUUUGGGAGUCUGAAGAGUGGCAACCCUUGUACCGUGACUGGUGCGACGGUAUGUCCUUCAAUGCCCUGAUCAAGGGUGCUGCCUUCUACGAAGGGCCGGCCUUGGUCCUGAUCCGAACACCUGACUCGGUGCUUGGGGCCUUAUCAACGUCCUGGGUCGAGGGAAAUGGCAAGUUCGGCGGGUCCAUGGAGAGCUUCCUGUUUGCACUGGAGCCUGCCUUCGUCCAGUGCAAAAGCUCAAGCCGCACAGGGAAUUACGUGUACUUCAACUCGCGCAACAAGCACUAUCCUCGGGGGCUCGGCUUUGGCGGACAGCUGGGAUUCUGCAGGCUGUGGCUGGAUGCAGACUUUGAGGAUUGCUAUGUCCUUGAAUCCGACGCGACUUACGGACCCGGAAGGCUUCUUCCUUCACAGGGAGGCCUUCAGACUCGCUUCGAGGUUCUCAACGUCGAGGUGUGGGGAUGCGGAGGCCUGGAGGCUGCCAAAGCACAAGCUGCACAACGUGAGCGCUUGGAAUCUGCGCGGGAGCAGGCUCGAAAGGUGGACAAAGCGCGGCUUUGUGACAACGAGUUCGACAAAGAAAUGUUCCUUGCCAACACGUUUUCUGCAACUGCGGAUUCACGGGAGCCGAACCCCAAGGAGGAGCCCGGCACAGCGUCUUGA